AUGUCUACCAAGGCAAACCCCAAGACCGCGGACGGCAAGUUCGCGGAUAUGGAAAAGGACACAGUCGAUGCUCACACGCAGCAACAUAUGACAACCGAUCAUGGCGUCAAGAUCUCAGACCCUGACCAUUGGCUGAAGGUAGCCAGUGAUUCCAACACAGGUCCAUCGCUUUUGGAGGACCAGAUUGCUCGUGAAAAGAUUAUGCGAUUUGACCAUGAGCGCAUCCCCGAGCGAGUCGUGCAUGCCCGCGGGACGGGUGCAUUCGGUACUUUCAAGCUAUUCGAGAGUGCUGAAGAUGUCACAUCUGCCGGCGUCUUGACAGACACUAGCCGCACUACACCUCUCUUCUUGCGUUUCUCGACUGUGCAGGGUAGCAGAGGCAGCGCAGACACUGUCCGCGAUGUUCGAGGAUUUGCUAUUAAGUUUUAUACUUCUGAGGGAAACUGGGAUAUUGUCGGCAACAAUAUCCCUGUCUUCUUCAUUCAGGAUUCGAUCAAAUUCCCUGAUUUCGUGCACUCGGUUAAGCCUGAGCCGCAUAACGAGGUGCCUCAGGGCCAGAGUGCUCAUAAUAACCAUUGGGACUUCAUUUACAUGCACUCAGAGUCAACGCACAUGAAUUAUUGGCAAAUGUCCGACCGAGCUAUUCCCCGCUCAUACCGAAUGAUGCAAGGUUUUGGUGUGAACACCUACUCCCUCGUCAACAAGGAGGGCAAGCGUCAUUUCGUCAAAUUCAUUUUCACCCCCGAGCUUGGAGUUCACUCCCUCGUCUGGGACGAGGCUCUGAAGAUUUGUGGCCAGGAUCCAGACUUCCACCGCAAAGACCUUAUCUCCGCCAUUGAGGCAGGCCAAUUCCCCAAGUGGAAGUUCGGCAUGCAGCUUAUUCCAGAGGAGAAGCUAGAUGACUUCGAAUUCGAUCCACUCGAUGCGACCAAGGUUUGGCCUGAGGAGCUGGUUCCAAUUCGGUACAUUGGCGAGCUGGAGCUCAACCGUAAUGUCGACGAAUUCUUCCCACAGACUGAGCAAGCAGCCUUCUGUACCAGCCAUAUCGUGCCCGGUAUUGAUUUCUCCAACGACCCCUUGCUGCAGGGCCGGAACUUCUCGUACUUCGAUACACAAAUUUCCCGCCUUGGUCCGAACUGGGAGGAGCUACCCGUUAACCGCCCUGUGUGUCCAUACAUGAACCUCGUCAACCGCGACGGUGCUAAGCGACACCGCAUCACCAAGGGAACAGUGAAUUACUGGCCAAACCGCUUCGAAGCAAACCCACCUGCGGAGCCCGCCGAAGGUGGAUUUACCAGCUACCCUGAGAAACAAGUUGGCAUCAAGCAACGCGCCCUCUCCGAGAAAUUCAAGGAGCACUUCAAUCAGGCGCAGACCUUCUACAACUCGCUCUCAGAUAUCGAGAAGAUGCAUCUCGCCAAAGCCUUCUCGUUCGAGCUAGACCACUGCGACGAUCCAGUCGUAUACAAGCGUAUGACUGAGCGUAUCGCAGUUGUCAGCCUUGAGCUCGCUCAACAAGUCGCUGCAAACGUCGGCGGAAAUUCGCCCAAGGAGCAAUUGAAGCCCAACAAGGGUCAGAAGGCCAAGGGUCUCAGUCAGCUGGAGUACAUGCCCGAAAAGCCUACCAUCGCCACACGCCGAAUCGCUAUCUUGAUCGCGGAUGGGUUCGACCACUCAGCUUACAUCACCAUGAAAGAGGCCCUGGAGGCGCAAAAUGCCUUCGUCUUCACGAUCGGUGCUCAACGCCAGGGUGUCGUCGCUGAGUCCGGAGAGAAGGUGGUCCCAGACCACUUUUUCAACGGCAUGCGAUCGACUCUCUUCGACGCGACUUUCGUGCCUGGCGGAAAGCACAUCAAUGCAUUGGCAAAGAACGGUGUUGCUAAGUUCUGGAUCACCGAGUCAUUUGCCCAUCUUAAGGCUAUUGCCGGUGUCAACGAGGCGGUCUCUUUCAUCGCGAAACAAAUUGGACUCGAGGAGGUCAAGGUUGCCAAGCCUGAUUCUUCCGUUGCUGAGUCUUACGGUGUUGUGACUGGCCAUGGCGAUGCAGCUGCACUGCUCAACGUUAAACAAGUUGGUCCUGAUUCAAAGGGUCUUGCGGAGCAAUUCAUCUGGCAUGUCUCGCGUCACCGAAAUUGGCAGCGCGAGCUUGAUGGACUUGCUGAUCAAGUUGCGGCUUAA